CUUUCCCUUUAAAACAUGGGGUCUGGUCCCUUCUCAUCUUUCACUUUCUCUGUUGGCCAAGUUGAAAAUUCCUGCCCUGAUGUUUUUUUCACAGGAAUUGAAAACUGAAUAAAGAGGAAGUGAAGUCGAUGGAUGGGAUGCAAAACCCACUAAGCAAAAGUAUCUCUCAUGGCAAUCUUGGAUUAAUUUUGCUCUACCUUUGGUGCUCCAUAGCCUGACUAUUAGGAGCAAAGUAAUGCUGAGGAACAGAUCCAGAGCAGUGACCAGCAAGCAACCUCUGAUGGCGGAUUCUCAACCAUCUCCAACUCAAAGGAACUACUCAAACAUCCCAUCUUUUUUCGAUUCUCCAAGGUUCAGAGCCUUCACAAUAAAGGGCAGUUCUGAAAACGAUCCAAAUUUUAUCAGCCCAACUUCAAUUCUUGACGCUACCAAGCCAUUUGCUUUCGGAAAAAGCCCGUUUUCGGGUGAUCAAAUCCAACCCAGAACCCCAAAAACUCAAUCCGGAAACAAACCCUUAUGGGAAAAAUCUGAGGCCAAGGGCAUUGGCCUUGCUAUGCUUCAAACACUAAAAGAUGAAAACUUUGAAGACAAAAAUUCAAAACCCAGUAGCCGUAAGGUCCUGUUUGGCACUAAGCUCAGAGUUCAAAUCCCCAAGACUGAGAGUUCCCAGUUUUCAGAAACUGGGUCUUUUAACUCAGGCACCCAAACAGAGAACCUGAAUUCGGGUUCGAAUUCGGCUUCAGGGUGUGGUUGUGUGAGUGAGAGAAGUGAAAUGGAGCUUUCUGAGGAUUACACUUGUGUGAUUUCUCGUGGGGCGAAUCCGAGAACGACUCACAUAUUUGAAAACUGCAUUGUGGAAAGUUACUAUACUUUGUCAGAUCAGUCGAGCUCCUGUUCUGAGAAUUUUCUUAGCUUUUGUUACACAUGCAAGAAGAAUCUUGAGCAGAAGAUUGACAUCUACAUUUACAGAGGUGAGAAGGCUUUUUGCAGUCGAGAAUGCCGCAACCAAGAAAUGCUCUUGGAUGAAGUUGGGAGCACAUAACUUGGAUGAUUCUUUUAGGAGUUGUUCUUGAAUGAUUGAUUAAAGAGACCAAAAAUGUAAGGUUUUGCUAUUUAAGUUUUGUAUUUGCCUUUUUUUACCCUCUCCACUGCAGAUGGAAAUAAGAGAGGAUGAGAUAUUGUGAGUUUGUAGAGUUUUGAUUUUUAUUUAAUUAAUAAAUUAUUUGAUUUGUCUUUGCUA